AUGAGUGAUAAAGCGCCAUCUAGAUCGUACGACAUGAUCAUGAAGUUGUUGCUCAUCGGAGACUCCGGUGUGGGCAAGUCGUGUUUGUUGUUACGUUUUGUUGAGGACAAGUUCAACCCUUCCUUCAUCACCACCAUUGGCAUUGACUUCAAGAUCAGAACCAUUGAGAGCAAAGGCAAGAAGAUCAAGUUGCAAGUCUGGGACACUGCUGGCCAGGAGAGAUUCAGGACCAUCACCACUUCGUACUACAGAGGCGCCAGGGGUAUCGUGUUGAUUUACGACGUGACCGACGCCAGAACUUUUGAAAAUGUCGAAAACUGGUUCAACACCGUCACUCCACAUGCCAACGAGAAUGCCCAGAUUUUCUUGGUUGGUAACAAGUCUGACGACCAGGAAAACAGACAGGUGUCCAGAGAGCAAGGUGAGGAGUUGGCAUCCAAGUUGAAGAUUCCAUUCUUGGAGGCUAGUGCCAAGACCAACGAGAACGUUGAAGCUAUCUUCUACGAGUUGGCUGGUAUCAUUCAAGAUAAGACUGUCGAUGAGGAGCCCCAGCAGGGCAGCUCAGGCAUCAAUGUUUCUCUGACGACUAACAGCGUUAAGAACAACUGCUGUUAA